AUCAACGUAGCAAUGAGACGCAGAAAUAUAAGUUGGAUCGAUACAACUUGAUGACAACUAACUCCGAUGACCAGAUAUCUUCAUCUGUUGGAAUAGAUGAUGCUGUAGCACAGUUUGAAACAUAUGAAGACUAUCUAGAUUCUCAGAUAACGGCCACUGAUCUUUUUUAUUUGGAGGAUGAAGAAAUAGCUCGACAACUUGUUGAACUAGGUUACAGAGGAUCAGGUGAAACACUCAAACGUGAGGAGUUCAACAGUCGUAAGAAAGCACUUGCUGAGGCAAUGCUAGCUAAAGAGCAACAAAAAAAUGCAUUGUCUUCUUUCGGUCUGAAGAUAACGUGUCCAUUUCUCCAAGCCUUAGCUGAGCGGGAAGGUUCUAAUCGAACUGGUCAAAUGUCCACUAUUAUUUUUAUUAGAGAUAAGAAUUCACGUGGUCAAGAAAUAUCGGGCUACAUAGAUUAUGCACAUCGUUUGAAAUCUGAGGACUUCACAGUGUACUUUAAAGAAAAGAAAAAGUUGCUCCCAAGAACAGGAGAUCUAAGCUCAGUCUCCCAACUAAUUCAUCCAUUUGGAAACAAGGACACACACUUAUCUUAAAUCAACACCUAAGUUGGCUUUUAUUAACAAAUAACUGUUUGAAGUAUGAAUAUUCCACACAAGAACUAAUAUAUGUAAAUAUACGUUAACUUAAUUCUUAGUUUCUACAAUUGGGAAACUCACAAUGUUGUAGCCAAUUCAUCACCGAAUUAUACUGUAAUAACAGAAAAUCCUAAUGGCCUUCUUUUGAAGAAUAAACGUGAUAGAAAAAUUUUAAAUGUUGACUCAACUGCUGCAUCCCCUGGUGAUAAUUCCAAAAGAACAAUAGUUGAAACUGACAAGUAUCUUCAAGUUGUUAUCUACGAUCAUAUAACUAAGAGAAAAACGUGAAUGUUUAUUUUCCCAUUUCUAAGUACCCUACUAAAUUAUCAUUUUGAUAAAGGAAACUCUGAAUGAUUUUAACACAAAUUAUCAUAUUUCCGAAAAGUUAAACGUUGUUGAAUUAAUCAACCAUGAUUUUGGAUGCAUUUUACAUAGAAUCUAACUAUCGAUUAACAGUGCUUGUGAAAAUGAUCGUAAUUCAAAUAAAACCUUUUAUUUGAAGUUAAAUUGGAUAGAUUUCUUUCGUUGACAAUCUUAAGGAUUGAUACAUCAAAUUGAAAAUUGUUAGGAACAGUCUAAAAUCUGCGAUACUUGACAAACAAUUGAUUUUUAUUAUACACCAUGAGUUGUGAGUAAAGGAUCAAUGGAAGAACUAAGACAACAAAAGACUUCAUGAUAGAGAAUCAUUUCAAUGAGUUGUUCAUUUUUAUUAUCACCAUUAUUAUUAUAAAACCAGUUUGAUUUCCUAUAUGCGGCGAUUUGGUUUGCGACCAACUUUUUACCUGUGCCAGCAUACUGAAAAAUAAACUUAAUACUCAGACGAUCUAUUAGUUGUUGAUUGUAUGGCCUUGUAAAAUAUUUUAAUUUGAUCACAUAAAAAUUUUCCCG